AUGCCUCCCAAGAAGCAAGUUGAAGAGAAGAAGAUUCCGCUCGGCAGGCCAGGCAACAAUUUGAAGACGGGUAUCGUCGGCCUAGCAAACGUCGGCAAGUCGACUCUCUUCCAAGCUAUCACCAAGUGUUCACUUGGUAACCCCGCCAACUUUCCAUAUGCCACCAUCGACCCAGAAGAGUCUCGCGUCCUCGUUCCCGACGAGCGCUUUGACUGGUUGGUAGAGCACUACAAGCCCAAGUCGGUCGUGCCCGCCCAUUUGACCAUCUACGACAUUGCUGGUCUGACGCGCGGUGCCUCCACUGGUGCUGGUCUCGGUAACGCCUUCUUGUCGCACAUCCGUGCCGUCGAUGCCAUCUUCCAGGUCGUCCGAUGCUUCGACGAUGCCGAGAUCAUCCACGUCGAGGGUGACGUAGACCCAAUCCGUGACUUGGACAUUAUUGCCGAGGAGCUACGAUUGAAGGACAUUGAGUUUGUCGAGAAGGCCCUCGCCAACCUUGUCAAGGAAACUCGCAGAGGCGGUCAGAGUUUGGAGAUGAAGAAGCUCAAGGAAGAGCAGGCUACAGUUGAGAAGGUCCUCGAUAUGCUUAAGAAUGGCAAGGACGUCCGAAAGGGCAACUGGUCACCUAAGGAGGUCGAGCACAUCAACCCUCUUUUCCUUCUCUCCGCUAAGCCUGUUGUAUACCUUGUCAACUUGAGCGAGAAGGACUACAUCCGCCAGAAGAACAAGCAUCUUCCCAAGAUUGCUGAAUGGGUCAAGACUAACGCCCCUGGCGACCCAAUCAUUCCCAUCUCUGUGCAGCUCGAGGAGCGCAUUGCUGUCAUGUCCGAUGAGGAGGCUGCCGAGGAACUCAAGAACCUCAACACCAAGUCGGCACUUCCCAAGGCCAUCCAGACGAUGCGCAAGGCUCUCCAGCUCGGCAGCUUCUUCACAACUGGUACCGACGAAGUCCGACAAUGGACAAUAAGAACAGGCACCAAGGCGCCACAAGCUGCCGGUGUCAUUCAUGGAGACUUUGAAAAGACAUUUAUUCAGGCAAUUGUGUACAACUACCAGACUCUGAGGGAAGAGGGUGACGAAGCCACUGUCAAGGCAAAGGGCAAGAUCAUGACCAAGGGCAAGGAUUAUGUUGUUGAGGAUGGCGAUAUCCUGCUGAUCAAGGCGGGUGCUGCCAAGGCAUAG